ACCUUUUAAAUGUGAUAGUGAUAUUUCAAAAUGUGUGCUUUCUUUUCAGGACUUCCAAUAGUAAUCAGACAUUAUCAUCCUGUCAUACUAUGGAGCCAUGCUCAUCAGAUGAAUUUUUCCAAGCCCUUAAUCAUGCCGAGCAAACAUUUAAAAAAAUGGAAAACUAUUUGAGACAUAAACAAUUGUGUGAUGUAAUUUUAGUUGCUGGUGAUCGCAGAAUUCCAGCUCACAGAUUGGUGCUCUCCUCUGUCUCAGAUUAUUUUGCUGCCAUGUUUACUAAUGAUGUCAGAGAAGCAAGACAAGAAGAAAUAAAAAUGGAAGGUGUAGAACCAGAUUCUUUAUGGUCUUUGAUUCAGUAUGCAUAUACAGGCCGCCUCGAAUUAAAAGAAGAUAAUAUUGAGUGCCUGUUAUCUACAGCUUGCCUUCUUCAGCUUUCUCAGGUUGUGGAAGCAUGCUGUAAAUUUUUAAUGAAACAGCUUCAUCCAUCCAACUGUCUUGGAAUCCGUUCUUUUGCUGAUGCCCAAGGUUGUACAGAUUUGCAUAAAGUGGCUCACAAUUAUACUAUGGAGCACUUCAUGGAAGUAAUCAGAAACCAGGAAUUUGUAUUAUUACCAGCCAGCGAAAUCGCAAAGCUCCUGGCUAGUGAUGACAUGAACAUUCCUAAUGAGGAGACAAUAUUGAAUGCUCUUCUUACUUGGGUUCGUCAUGAUUUGGAACAGAGACGGAAAGAUCUCAGUAAACUUUUGGCUUAUAUUAGGCUACCUCUUCUUGCACCACAGUUCCUGGCAGACAUGGAAAAUAAUGCACUUUUUCGAGAUGAUAUAGAAUGCCAGAAACUCAUUAUGGAAGCAAUGAAGUAUCAUUUAUUACCAGAGAGACGACCCAUGUUGCAAAGUCCUCGGACAAAACCUAGGAAGUCAACUGUUGGUACAUUAUUUGCAAUUGGGGGAAUGGAUUCAACAAAAGGAGCAACAAGCAUUGAGAAGUAUGAUCUCCGUACAAAUAUGUGGACUCCUGUAGCAAAUAUGAACGGAAGGAGGCUGCAGUUCGGCGUUGCAGUGUUAGAUGACAAACUGUAUGUGGUUGGAGGAAGAGAUGGACUGAAGACUUUGAAUACUGUAGAGUGCUACAACCCCAAAACAAAAACUUGGAGUGUGAUGCCACCCAUGUCCACACAUAGGCAUGGCCUUGGUGUGGCUGUGCUGGAAGGUCCCAUGUAUGCUGUAGGAGGGCAUGAUGGCUGGAGCUAUCUGAAUACAGUGGAAAGGUGGGACCCUCAGGCUCGCCAAUGGAAUUUUGUUGCCACUAUGUCCACCCCCAGGAGCACAGUAGGUGUGGCAGUACUGAGUGGAAAACUUUAUGCGGUUGGUGGUCGUGAUGGAAGUUCUUGUCUCAAGUCAGUAGAAUGUUUUGAUCCUCAUACAAAUAAAUGGACACUCUGUGCACAGAUGUCAAAAAGGAGAGGUGGUGUAGGAGUAACAACCUGGAAUGGAUUGCUGUAUGCUAUCGGGGGGCACGAUGCUCCCGCGUCCAACUUGACUUCUAGACUCUCAGACUGUGUGGAGAGGUAUGAUCCCAAAACAGACAUGUGGACUGCAGUAGCAUCUAUGAGCAUCAGCAGAGAUGCAGUGGGGGUCUGUUUACUUGGCGAUAAAUUAUAUGCUGUUGGGGGGUAUGAUGGACAGAUGUACCUUAAUACAGUGGAGGCUUAUGAUCCCCAGACAAAUGAGUGGACCCAGGUUGCUCCACUGUGCCUAGGAAGAGCUGGGGCUUGUGUUGUAACUGUAAAAUUAUAAUUUAGUGCUUUGUUUUCUAAGUGAAGAUAUCCCCUUCCUUUAUUAAUUUAGUACACUUGUUCUACUAUCAAUAGAUACAUUUUUAGUUAAUGUGUGAUGCUACAUUCCUGGGCACAAAGUGCCUGAUCUCAAAGUGAGGAUGUUAAAUCAAGGGAGGAAGGAGUGGAUGGACCAGAAUUAAGUACUUUCAUUUCUUAGUAAAUUAAAGCUACAGCUGGUGGUUGUGACCAUAUGUCCCUGAUGUAAGAUGUGAGGACAAAUGCACUGCCUAGAAACAUGACCUGGUGCUCAUGGGGGUUUCAUUUGUUCAUAGUCAAGCACAUUUUACUCAUGUUCCCCAGAUUCAUUUUAUUACAGUGCAAACACACCAGACAAAACUUCUAAAAUGUUGAUUUGUAAGUUUGUUAUAAAUGAAUUGCACUAAUUUUUGUUUGUUUACUUUCUGUUUAACCACAACCACUAUUUUAAUGACACACUAAAGAAUAUACUAUUUAGUUUUUUUCAGAGACAGCUGCAAUAUGUAUACUUUGGUUGUGGAUUUUGUUUCUAAUAUUGGCUUAGUCCAAUGAAUAAAGAAAAAUUUUAAAGAGUUAAAAUAGUAAUAACCCAAUAAAAACUUGAUAUAACCAUUGGGAUCUAUUUGAAUAUUCAUUCCAUUACAGUUAGAUCCACCAAGAACUACAUGCUAUGAUAUUCUUAACUUGAAACAUGGUGUUUUGCAUUAAAUUUAAGAUAUGAAAAUUUGUAUGGAGAUGUUAUGUACCCUAUAAUGUUCUUUCACCUGAUUAGCAUGUAAUCAUAUGUAUUUGUUUUCUGAACUAAAAGAUACUUUGCUUUUAUCUUUUGAUAUUGACAAAGCUAUUUGGAUAUUAUGUUCUCAAGUCUGUAUCUCCUCCCCUGCCUUGUUUCUAUGUGUUGCCAUAGUUUGUAUUCCAUUGUGCUUCUUUGUAAUAAGUUUUUGGGGGAAAUGGGUUUAUUGAAUGUUUGGAAAAUAAGUUUAAAGUGUUUGUUACUCAAAGUUUUGUAAAUUUAUAAACUCUUAAGUAUGUAUGUGAAUGUUAAUACUCUCAGUGAAUUGUUGUUUGCAAAAAUGCACUGGGCAGUAACAUUUUUGAUAAAUUCUACAAAAUACAAGUAAUUAACUCAUAUCUUGAUAUAAGAUUAGUAUGAAUUCCCAUCUUUUAAAAUGCAGUAUUGUAGUUAAUGUGUUAUUAUAUUUUAUAUCAGAGUAACCUUUAGUUACUUUCUUUAGAAAUUGAAACAAAACUUUUUUUAAUGAACUGAUUUUGAAUGCCCGUGAAAUGUUUCUAUCUUGGAACCCAAGAAAGUGAGUACUUCUCACUUUCAUUUGUUUUGGGAAUCCAAAACAAAUCCUGCCAUCGUUUUACUGGUAUGUUACUAAGAAAAUAAUAGAUGAUAGUGAUUUGUCAUACAUAAGUAUUUCAUAUAUUCAUUAUAUAAUGGAUGUGAAUUCAGUUAUUUGCCUGACAAGGAGAGAUCAGCUGUGGAAUGUAUUUAGGGGAAGAGAGGAAAAGGUAAAAGAAAACAAAAAUUUCCAAAGUGGGAACAUCAAUACAAUGUUACCUCCCUAUGGAGACUGAGACCUGUGAUCUCCUUGGAACACUUAGCUGUUUAUUAAUUAUGCACUCUGCUUCCCUGUGGUCCAUGGUGGAGACCACACUCGUGCUGAAGUAAAGGAGUUGGCUCCUCUCUCCAAGGA